AUGUCUCUCUUCAGAUGGUUGAGCAGGUCAGUCAAGCGCACGUCGACGACCUUCUCUCCACUACGUUUUCCCACUAGCGGCUUCAAAGUAUACGGCGACGACGUGUUUUUCGAAGAAGAGGGAUUAGAAGAAUUUCGCCAAGGUCUCUUCUAUCCGAUGCAGCUAGGCGAUACACUUGCCUCACGAUAUCAGGUUGUUGGCAAGCUCGGCUUUGGAUCAACUUCAACAGUAUGGUUGGCUCGAGACAUGCAAGCCCAGCGUCAUGUCGUACUCAAGGUCUAUACACGUGGUCAAGCUCACGAGGAAGAGUUUGAGCUCUACAGAACGAUCCGCCAAACCAACCCAAGCCAUCCUGGGUACCCUUACGUAGCGUCUGCCCUUGACACCUUCAUGAUACAGCGAGAAGGGGGCUACGCUCAUCGCUGUCUCGUCCAACGUCCGAUGUGGGACAGCUUCUCGGCUCUUCUCAAUCGGAAUCCCAGCCAUCGUUUUACAGAGGAACUUCUUAAGGCCGGUCUUCAACAAAUCUUCUUAGCUCUCGACUACCUGCACUCGGAGUGCAAGAUAGUCCAUACCGGUAAGGCAGUGCCAAACUCGCAUGCUUACUAAACACUUCUCAGAUCUGAUCAAAUGUCUAGAUAUCAAAGGCGACAAUAUCCUUCAGGAGAUCGAAGACGAGUCGAUAUUAACAGAAUUCGUCGAAAAAGAGCUUGAGCACCCAUGCCCUCGCAAAUUUGUUGAUGGAGAGACAAUAUAUGCUCGAAGGUACGAUACAAGAGAGGAAAAGCCGUUGCAGUUAAGCUGCUUGGUUUUGGACCACGGGCUGAUCCAUGCCUCUGGACUUCAGUACUAUAAUAACAUACGACUCAUUUAACCUUCUGACUGGCUAGCAGGUCCUUCAGUCAACCUAAGCGCUACGGGCGCGCCGUUCUAAGCGAUUUUGGUGCAGCUGUUCGCGGCGAUGAGAAGAGAAACCAUGAUGCCCAGCCCAACAUCUACCGGUCACCAGAAGUUAUGAUAAAGACUGACUGGAAAUAUCCGAUUGAUAUCUGGAACGUAGGAGCUAUGGUAUGGGACCUUUUUGAAGGCCAGCAUCUAUUCCACGGUCAGGAUCCCGACGGAGAGGGGUAUUCUACCCGAGCACACCUUGCCGAGUUGAUAGGCACAUUAGGGCCUCCACCGAAGGAGUUCCUCAGACGUGGCAAAAGAAGUCACGAGUUCUUCGAUGAACAAGGUCAGCAUGCUCUGAUGCUACUCGAGCUCUUGCGAUCUCCGCUAGGAUCUUUGAGACAAAACAUCUUUGCAUGAACACUUGCUAAUUGCGAAGUAGGUAACUUUAUUGCCGAUGUGCCAGUAGCACAAAGAAGCCUGGAGGAAGCCGAGACUCGUCUGGAAGGUUCAAACAAGUCCCAAUUCCUCGACUUCGUACGAGGAAUGCUACAAUGGAGACCAGAAGACAGGAAGACAGCGAAAGAGCUACUGAACGACUCCUGGCUGAACAGCUGA